AUGAACCGCAAGGCUCUCAAAGCUUUGAUCUCAAAGCUGCAAUCCCGAAGCGUGGCCUUCCUCGCAUCAGCGAUGGAACCUCAUCACCCACAAGUCCAAAUGGCCUCUACUCUUCUAUCUCAAUCCGAAAAGAACAACGACGAAACAGCCGCCCUGGCAAGCUCAGCCUCCACCUGCACAGCCAGCCCAAAAGAGCUGUACUGCCAGCCGAACUACGCAAAACUCAUCCUCGAUGCAUUCUGCAGCGGCCAGCCCGUGUCCUGCAUGUGCCUGCAGAUCAAGAGCGACCGGCUGCGCGAUCAUCUCCGGGGGCCGUACCCCACCAACGAAGGAAUACAGUUCCGGGCCGACGACAUCGAAUACGUCUUCCACCUGCUCGAGGGCAUGAGCCGGUGUGAGGCCUGCCUCCACGAACUGCCGAGCAUGGCGCAGCUGCAUGGGCUCAGCAGCGAGGCGAUCGAGCGAUACCGGCUGUUCUACCAGUCUUUGCAUCGGGCUUUCUUCAGUAGGGGAUGUGAUACGCACCAUGAAGCGCUCCAAAUCGACAUGUACUGCUCGUUCGCCGUGGAGCAGAUGGAGCGGAUGGCGGCGAGUAUUGGACGGAUUGUUGAGGCGUUGAGUGCGGAGCCGCGUUUUGACCAGGAUGCGUGGUAUGUUGUGUCGAAUCAGGCAGAGCGGCUGAUGACGGCGGCCACUACGUUGCAGGAUCGGACGGAGCAGGCUGCUCGAGUCUGA